GGAAGCGCCGCAGCCCCGGACCCGCCCCGCGAGCUUGUCGGCCGCGGCCCCGAAUCUGCUGCUCGGCGUCAGGUGACUUAGGCCCGACCCUGAGCCCGGACCGCCGGCGGAAGGCGAUCGAAUCUGCGCUCGAGAACCUGGAGGUGUCCCGGUCCCGGAGGAGGGACUUGGGGAGUCUCUCCGCGCACUGUCCGGCCCCGGUCCUCCGGAACUUGGUCGGGGAGUCCUGGGGUCCGGGGCCCCAGCGGAGGGCGGUACCUGGGUCUGGGGUCUCGGAAAGAGCCUGCUGGAGCCAAGGGGCCCUCCCUCCCUGGGGACAGACCCCUCGGUCCCGUGUCCAUGGGGGCACCGCGGACCCUCCUCCUGGCCCUGGCUGCUGGCCUGGCCGCCGCCCGCCCGCCCAACAUCGUGCUGAUCUUUGCUGACGACCUCGGCUAUGGGGAUUUGGGCUGCUAUGGGCACCCCAGCUCCGCCACCCCGAACCUGGACCAGCUGGCAGCAGGGGGGCUGCGGUUCACAGACUUCUACGUGCCUGUGUCUCUGUGCACACCCUCUCGGGCCGCCCUCCUGACCGGCCGGCUUCCGGUUCGGAUGGGCAUGUACCCGGGAGUCCUGGUGCCCAGCUCCCGGGGGGGCCUGCCCCUGGAGGAGGUUACCCUGGCCGAGGUCCUGGCUGCCCAAGGCUACCUCACAGGAAUGGCUGGCAAGUGGCACCUUGGGGUGGGGCCUGAGGGGGCUUUCCUGCCCCCGCAUCAGGGCUUCCAUCGAUUUCUAGGCAUUCCAUACUCCCACGACCAGGGCCCCUGCCAGAACCUGACCUGCUUCCCCCCGGAUACACCCUGUGAUGGCGGCUGUGACCAGGGCCUAGUCCCCAUCCCACUGUUGGCCAACCUGUCAGUGGAGGCACAGCCCCCCUGGCUGCCUGGACUAGAGGCCCGCUACAUUGCAUUCGCCCGUGACCUCAUGGCUGACGCCCAGCGCCAGGAUCGCCCCUUCUUCCUGUACUAUGCCUCUCAUCACACCCACUACCCUCAGUUCAGUGGGCAGAGCUUUGCAGAGCGUUCAGGCCGAGGGCCAUUUGGGGACUCGCUGAUGGAGCUGGAUGCAGCUGUGGGGGCCCUGAUGACAGCCAUAGGGGACCUGGGACUGCUUGAAGAGACGCUGGUCAUCUUCACAGCAGACAACGGACCUGAGACGAUGCGCAUGUCCCGAGGCGGCUGCUCUGGCCUCCUGAGGUGUGGAAAGGGGACGACCUACGAGGGGGGUGUCCGAGAGCCUGCCUUGGCCUUCUGGCCAGGUCACAUCACUCCUGGCGUGACCCACGAGCUGUCCAGCUCCCUGGACCUGCUGCCUACCCUGGCAGCCCUGGCUGGGGCCCCGCUGCCCAAUGUCACCUUGGAUGGCUUUGACCUCAGCCCCCUGCUGCUGGGCACAGGCAAGAGCCCUCGGCAAUCUCUCUUCUUCUACCCGUCCUACCCAGACGAGGUCCGUGGGGUUUUUGCUGUGCGGAGCGGAAAAUACAAAGCUCACUUCUUCACCCAGGGCUCUGCCCACAGUGAGACCACUCCAGACCCUGCCUGCCAUGCCUCCAGCUCUCUGACGGCUCAUGAGCCACCACUGCUCUAUGACCUAUCCGAGGACCCUGGUGAAAACUACAACCUUCUGGGGGGUGUGGCCAAGGCCACCCCAGAGGUGCUGCAGGCCAUGAAGCAGCUUCAGCUGCUCAAGGCCCAGUUAGAUGCUUCUGUGACCUUCGGUCCCAGCCAGGUGGCCCGGGGUGAGGACCCCAACCUGCAAAUCUGCUGCCAGCCCACCUGUACUCCCCACCCAGCCUGCUGCCACUGCCCAGAUCCCCAUGCCUGAGGGGCCCCUGGGCCUGCCUGGGCAUGUGAUGGCUCAUGACUGUGAGCCUGUGGGGGAGGUGCAGGUGGCGUUUGUACCUGAUAAUGUAAUAACAGCAGUUGAGACUUGCA